AGUGUUGUAUACUUUUUUGUUUGUGUUGUUUUACGUUUGAUCGGUGCCGGACGGCAAGUAGUUUUUUGUUUUAUUUUAAUACAAUCGAAGUAUUCAUUCAAUAGUUGAGUUUUUUUUGUACACUUUUACACAUUAGAAUAACCGUAAAAAUAGUCAUUUAGUAAAUAGUUACCUCAAAAAAGACUAUUGUGGUUCAGAUGCGUGUUAGGCACGGCAUUAAUUUCUUUUACCAUAUUAUUAAAUAAUCACGUAAGAACAAUGAAAGCAUCCAAAUUAGUAAUUACCUUAGGGAUUUGUUUAUGUUACUCAUGGAUUUACCCGACGAAGGCUGAAGCAAUCGACGACGAGUUCAUUAACCCAAAUUGGAUAAAACCAGAUCCCUGGUCCCGUUACGAUCGUGAGCAGCUCCAAAAACAAGUCAACAGAAGAGAAGAAUGCCAGUGUCCUCCGGUACCCAAGUGUGAUCCAAACGACAUAUGUCCGCACGCUCCCGUGCCAGUGCAAACAAUCAAUCCACCAGAUGAUGACAAUCGUUUGGCCAUAGUAUUCUACAAAAAGUUCGUUACAUGGCUGAUUGAUGAUAGGCAGUUGGUACAGGAUGACGGUUCAGAGUACCUGCUGCGUAAUAUACAGUUCAAAGUAUCUAGUAAGCAGGUGAAGGAUUUAAAACGGGCUAAAACCGCUCGGGAUAUUGAUGGGAUUGUGUCGGGCAUCGUAGAGCAGUCUGAGGGAAGCAUGUACCUGCCAUCCGUGGAAUCGUUCUGCUGGAGCAUAACAACUUUUUUAUCGACCAUAGGCCAGAAUGUAUAUUUGAUGUACUUUCUAAUUCCCACCAUUUGCCUACCGGCAGUAUAUUUCCUGGUUAAAAUUCUAUCUCGUGUUAUGCGCGUCCAUCCGUUGAUCGUCGUAAUACUGUUGUUUAUUACAGUCAGCUUUGCAAUUACGUUAGACGAAUGCAAUCAGAAGCUAGAAAUGGAAUCUCUGGCUAAAUUGAUGCAACGCGGCACAUCAAACCCUUGUGAGAUGCAGCAUAACGCGGACCGAGGUCUGUACGGUUGGAUGGAAAAUCUGUUCGGCGAAAGUAGCGAAGCCAAAUGUAUCAAGCAUCUUCGAGAAACUUUAGGAGCAUCCAGAAAGACUUGUGAUCCUUCGCACGUCUUCUUGGAAAUGGUGGCUAAGCUACAGCUACGAUAUUUUGAGACGUUUGUGCAGAAAAUGAUUGACAUAUUUAAGGCUAGUACAGCUUCAUCUGGCAUUGUGGAAUCUGUUCUUAUUACUGUGUUUUUCAUAUUGAUUAUAUAUAUAUUGGUAACCAAUGGAUUGAAAUAUGGAAUCUAUGGAGCGUUUAAUUUCUUGGGCGUUUUCCUAACGACACCACGCGGGAAUAGUCCUCCGAUGAAUCAGAAUGCUCUACCUGAAGGCCAACACUCACAGCAGUCCAUCGCGGGAACUAUUCCAACUUCAUUCAAUUUCAAGAUCAACAUCGACCGGGGAAGGAAAAAACCUUCACGCGCCGACAUCAAUCGAAUCGAGGAAAUUGCCGAUAAUAGUAAACCCAAACCGGAGACUAUUUUACAGGGACCAAAGGAAUCGCCAAAGAAUAUCGACGACGGCUCUGGCGAUGCAACGAAACCUAAUGAAACAAGCGAAUCCGAAUCGGACGAGGGAGAGCAACAAAUUGUAUUAAGUUUUCCACACUCCACUGAAAAGUAAUAAAUUAUACACUGGGAAGUUUAUUCAACAACUUUUACAUAA